AUGGCUGACAUUAAUGACAGCCCAAUGCUGCACAGUCACUCCGUGUUUUCAUUUCAGAAGAGCUUCAAAACCACGGAGCCCUUUCAAGUCGUCUUCUUUUACUGCGAAACUAGAAACCAGGCCGGCGAUGACUUUUGGUGUUUAAAAGAAAAUGUAAUUAACUGGUUGCGUGCUUCUGUUGCAGCUCAAAUUGAAAUUAUUCCAUGCAAGAUCUGUGGAGACAAAUCAUCAGGAAUCCAUUACGGUGUCAUUACAUGUGAGGGCUGCAAGGGCUUCUUCCGAAGGAGUCAGCAAAGCAAUGCCACCUACUCCUGUCCGCGGCAGAAGAACUGUUUGAUCGAUCGGACUAGUCGGAACCGGUGCCAGCACUGUCGAUUACAGAAAUGCCUUGCCGUCGGGAUGUCUCGAGAUGCCGUCAAAUUUGGCCGCAUGUCGAAAAAGCAGCGAGACAGCUUGUACGCCGAAGUGCAGAAGCACCGGAUGCAGCAGCAGCAGCGCGACCACCAGCAGCAGCCCGGGGAGGCCGAGCCACUGACGCCCACCUACAACCUUUCGGCCAACGGGCUGACGGACCUGCACGAUGACCUCAGCAACUACAUCGACGGGCACACCCCCGAGGGCAGCAAGGCAGACUCUGCGGUCAGCAGCUUCUACCUGGACAUCCAGCCUUCGCCGGACCAGUCGGGUCUGGACAUCAAUGGUAUCAAACCAGAGCCGAUAUGUGACUACACACCAGCAUCGGGCUUCUUUCCCUACUGUUCCUUCACCAACGGAGAGACUUCCCCCACCGUGUCCAUGGCAGAGUUAGAACACCUGGCACAGAAUAUAUCCAAGUCACACCUGGAGACUUGCCAAUACUUGAGGGAAGAGCUUCAGCAAAUAACGUGGCAGACCUUCCUGCAGGAGGAGACUGAAAACUAUCAAAACAAGCAGCGGGAGGUGAUGUGGCAGUUGUGUGCCAUCAAGAUCACAGAGGCGAUCCAGUAUGUGGUGGAGUUUGCCAAGCGCAUUGAUGGCUUUAUGGAACUGUGUCAGAAUGAUCAGAUCGUGCUUCUGAAAGCAGGUUCUCUGGAGGUGGUGUUCAUCAGAAUGUGCCGUGCCUUUGACUCGCAGACGAACACCGUCUACUUUGAUGGGAAGUACGCUAGCCCGGAGGUCUUCAAAUCCUUAGGUGAGAACACUGCACGGGGCUUGCUCUUUACAUCAGGGCUGGAAAGGUGUCUCCACACCACGUUGGAGGAACAUUAAGUGUGUCACUUUUCAUGUUUAGAUCGCUCAUGGCUGCAGGAAAAGGUAAAAAUUGAAAAGCUGCAACAGAAAAUCCAGCUAGCUCUUCAGCACGUCCUACAGAAAAAUCAUCGAGAGGACGGGAUACUGACAAAGUUAAUAUGCAAGGUGUCGACAUUACGAGCCUUAUGCGGACGGCAUACGGAGAAGCUCAUGGCGUUUAAAGCAAUAUACCCGGACAUUGUGCGACUUCACUUUCCCCCGUUGUACAAGGAGUUGUUCACUUCCGAAUUUGAGCCAGCGAUGCAGAUUGACGGGUAAAGGUAAUCGCCCGAGCACGUGUAGAGUGUCUGAAGUAGCAACCGGAAAAGCAAACAAAACAAAGCGAACCUGAGACACUUCCUAUGGCCCUGCACAGACCUGGCACGCCAUCCCCCUGCGCACCUGCUCGUGAUCAGGGUCAGGCCAAGGAGGGAAACCAUGCCGCCAGUCCAAGUCGAACUUGUUUUUCUCACGCAUAUGAUUUCCAUUAUACCCACAGAUACGGACCCUUUUUCUGUCUCAGCUUCUUGACCGUUGACCUCUGUUUACCCAGAAGGAGGGUACCAACGUGGGGGAAGCCCCUUUUCUUGUAGCUCACUGCCCACAGACUUUCUCCAGCGUCCCCCAUCCGUCCGUCUGUCCGGAGCAGCAGGGUCCAGCCAUCGUCAGUGGCCGGUGUGCAGCGCGGAGGUUGCGGCAUUACUUUGCACAACUUGCUCUUUGUUUCAUGAAGGAAGUUUUUGUGUGUGUGCGUCCGCUUUUGUUUUGUUUUGUUUCGUUUCGUUUUGCUCACUGAUUAUUGCCAGCUGCAGGACGGCAUGAAAAGUGUCCACAGCACUAGCAACAGUCGCAUUAUAAUAUAUUACAGGGUAAAUGGGCAUGAAGACUAUAUAUAGCUAAAAGAGAUCUUGUUUAUAUUAUUGUUUUAAUUAAUAUAAAAUGUAGUUACUGGUGUAGCUUUUCCUGUUGAAUUGAGAUGAGGCACUUUCGUUUUGCACCUUCUUCUUUGAGUGGAAUACUAGGGUGUUCACUGUCAUGUCGCAUGUGCACCAGAAACACAAGUUUAACUGAGAAGGCUUGGAAGGUAUGCCGGGAGAGGUUUAUGCUGCUGUGUACAGACUUCCUUUUCAAAGACUGGCUGGUCAUAUCUAGAAAUCACCAUGUUGAGUUUUCCUUUUUCCUUUUUUAAUCGAUAGACAUGAAUUUAGAAGUGGAACUCUCUCUAAAUUGUGCUUUGCUUUUGGGUAAGCUUCCGAGUCGAUGUGUUUAUGCUUCAUACAAAGCUGAAUCUUCUGUAGAGGUUGGGUUUGCCCUCACACGCUCGCCGGGGAGCGGGGCGUGGGGGCAACGCUCUUUUCAAUGGUACCUCCUGGUGGAGGUCCAGGAAAGGCUCGUUGUGCCGUUUCCUAGGGAAAAGGACUUGGUCUCAGUUUGGAAUCCUUAACACUUUGAGAGCAAAUCAGUCACGAAUAUUUAUUAGAAUCUAGCUUCUUUAAGUUUUUUAUUUUAAGAAGGAUCCAAAGAUUUUACCAGGAGCAGACGCACACCCCACCCAGGGGGACAUGAAGCAUUACUUGGUGGGUGAAUCUGUUUCAGAGCGUGUCCCAGAGCGGACUAAUUCUACACCAGCUGCCUGGCAGUGUGGCAGUUUCCGUGUAUCGCUCCUCAAGACACGGAUGGGGAGGGUGAGGAAGGCACAGAGAGUGUUGAAUAGGCUUUCUCUUAUUUACACGAUAAGUAUUUUAAACCUUUAACGUGAAGUUGAUGCUGGCUGCAAGCCGUUGCUUUUGUGUUUAUCUUCACGAGAAAACUGUGGACGGUAACUUAUUUUAUUAAAUGUGUUGAAGAUUGUUCCGUUGUUGUGUGCAAGUGAGGCUGAUUGAUUUGUUUUAGUUUGAUCUUCUGGAGUUUUUUAUGGUCCCCAGUUCGGGAGCGGGGAAUGCAGCAGUCUUAUGUACGUGCAGGUGCGCGUGUUGUAGAGAGAGCGUGACCUUUUAGGAACCGGAGCAUUUCGAGUAUGUUAUUCCCGCCAGGGAUAGGAUUGAAGCUGCUGGUCAGACCCCCACAGCCACGUUUGUACAGACAGGAAACAUCAUCCCCUGGCCUAGAGGUGGGAGCUUCCAAGUAACCCUUUACAACCCAGGAAGUAUCUCUCCUGCCACUUGGGUCCCUCCUGAGUUUUCCCCAGGACUUGGGCCUCCUGAUGUCAGACUGGAUUCCCAGCCUGGGUUCCCCAAAGCCCUCACUGUGCUUUAAACUCCACUGACUUUUUAACAUAUUUCCAAAGGGACUUGGCAGAAGGAAGGAAUGAUUUACUCAGAAGCAUGUAUGAAGCCUAAAUAACAUCUCAGUCUUUUGCUGUUGUUGUUUUUCCCAAAAAAUAGAGUAAGAGUUUAACCAUAAAUAGAAGACGAAAGUAAUAUUUACUUAAAUUUCUUACAGAUAUAUAAAACUUUAUGUGUUUAUAUAGAGAGGUUAAGUGUCAGCAUAUAGUAUUUAUAUCUGGGUAAAAAGGGUUAAAUAAAAUUGCUUAAAAUUUAAGUAAGCAUAGUUCCUUUAAAAGACAAAUAAUAUUUAUACUCUAGGAAGAGUUCUAAGCUUAGUUCCGUUAUUUAUUUGUCCAUUGUAUUCUAUUCUUUGUUCUUCGGAGUAAAAUGUGUUUGGUUUGGGGGUGGGCGUCUUGUUUUGUUUUGUUGUGGGUCAUUCCAAUUCACAAAAUUUGGGAAUGGUUUUCUUCAAGUUCAUUAACUUCUUUUUAACCAAAGCUUUCUGAAUAUGACCAGCCUCAGGUGCUAGCUAGCGCAUUAAAGAGCAACUAAACUCAUUUCAGCGUUCACUCUGAGAUGGCCAGCGUUAGGAGAACUGCAAAGAGGGUGAGAGAGAACUUAACGUGGAACUUAAACCGCACUCCUUUGCCAGGAAGGAGUUUGUAUGGACUUAAUGCAAAAAGAACAGAAGAGCUGUUCCAGUCUCAAUAAAGGUCACUUCCUGUGACACUGGUUUUAGAGUUAACCAGGGAAGAGUGUUGUAAUCCUGCUACUGGGUCUGAGAGAAGAACAAGGUUCAUCGGCUAUGUAGGAACAGAACCGUGGGGAUGUGCUAGGUGUGAUGAGUAUUCGGAUCUACAUUGGGAACUAAAGUGAAACCAUAAUUCUGUCAGAAAAAAAAAAUUACAGGGUCCAGAAAAUUAUGUGGAAAAUGUUGUGUUUUUUUUUCUUCCUUGUUAUAGAAACACCUAUAAAAAGACUUGGUGGCGCCAAGUUACAACUAGAGUUUCCGAAAUGUAUACACCCCCUAGUCUUUCCAGGAUUGGAACGAUGUCGCUGUCGUCUUGGCUGCUAUAAGGCAUUUGUACUUUCUUUUUUUAAGGUAGGGUCCAUGAGACUGGGAGAAAGCCGGAAUACGGUCUCUCGCCGCGGUGUCCGAAUAGUCGUGCCACCGUGUGGAGAACUGGCCCCGGGCACAGUGAAAAGAAAAGUGCGGAUGAAAGUGCUUUUGGACAGUUUGUAAAUUGCAUUAAAGCUAUGAUUUUUUUUUUAAGUGUUCAGCAUCCUAAUUUGUGUGAAGGCUACAGAUGUUCCCCGUCUCUGGCACCCUAGUUCACCCAUCCUCACAUACGGAAGACAUGACUUUUGACACUGCUUCUAAGUUUGGUUGUUCUUGAGGGUGUGGAUUCCCAGAUCUCUGUGAGUGUGCGGUGGGGUGAGGUGAGGAGUGAGCACACGCGUGUGUAUGUACUCGCGUGUGCACACGCAUGUGCGUGCGUGUGCUGUGCGUGCGCCAGACUGCUUUUUAGGCUACUACGUGUCAAUGGAAAAAUAAAAUGUAUUCGAAACACUUAAAUCAAAACUUAAAGAUGGAAAAAAAAAAAAAGAUUUAUUCUAUACAAAGCCUUGUCUGGACCACUUUAGAGAGACUUCUAUUUUUUUAACCCUUCUAUAAAUAUUUGAUGGCACUUUUCCUGCAAUAAAAUGUGAUUUGUGUAAAGAAAAAAAAAAGAUUUUGUAAUGUGAAACAAUGAAAGAAAGUAAUGUAAUUUUCUAAAAAAAAAAAAGAUACAAAACCAACAAACUUUGUAUUAUUUUCUUGAUGGAAUUUUGUCUGUCUGUCUUUGGGAAACUUUUAUUUCACUACAUGUGCCAUGGUAGAUAGAGGUGUGUUUCGUUUUCGACUAAGGAAUAGAUGUGUGUGUUCCGACAUUCCCACGCGCUAACCCACCUCGCACGGUCCUUUCGUGAGGAGGUUGGAGAAGUCGUCUGUCCUCAGCCUCCCUCGCCCUCGCCGCUUGUUUGCACGUGUUCUUCCUGCCUCUCUAGUGCAAUAUGUACAUAGAGCACUUGCGGGUGUACCUUGAUCCCUCAGGGAAAAAAUACAUAUUUGUACAGUGUUUUGGGUUAUUGUUCUUGUUUCGGUUUGUUUGCCUUUUUUGGUCGCGGGCUAAGGAAUGUCGACUGACAUCACGUGUUGAGGGGCAGCCAGAUAAUGAUCCGAAAUCCACUGUUUCCAACAUUGAGUGUGUCAAUCACGUGUCCUUCUAGUGCUGUUCGUUUAAGAUAAUAAUAAGUUUUAAGUUAUUUUCUGACAGUUCUUUGUGCUGAUAGGUGAGAAAGACUGAGAGAGAGAGAGAGAGAAGGGUAAAUAAGCACCUUAUGAUUGACUUACUGUGAAUGACAAUCCAUCUUGCUAUCAACAAUAAAAGCCCUAUCAUUUUGGAGUUGGGGUUAAGAGUCAGAAACCAUGUGCUCAGGGAUCUUCUAAAACUCUUCAAACAGGGUGGCCAGUACUACUGGGACAAAUUGUGUGGUGUUUCCUUUCUUAUCAUAAUGACAAUAAUACUAUCCCUCCAAGGCACAAGUGAGUUGUGUAGCACUGGGGGGGUGUGUGUGUAGGGGGGGUGAGUGUAAACUUCUUACUAUCUCUUUGUGUUGAGUUUGACAUGUAGUGUGCUGUUUGGUCUUGUGUGCUUGGAAAUUGCGAAUCACUUCCAAAGCAGUAUAAAGUCACGCCAGUUAUGUUCAAAAGAUAAACCCAUAGCUGAAGUCGGGACAGAAAGCCGCCACUCAAAAUGCAGUCCCACUUUUUGCCAUUUGCCAAGCUCUACUCUUAAUAAAAUAUUUUUCCCGAGGAUAUUUAAAGCAUUAUGUGUCAAAAGCUAUUUCAAAUUCUAAUUCUACAUACUAUGAAUUUUUAAAAAGUUGUUAAAAACCAGUGGUCAUAUGAGAGACCCAUCUGUGUAGUGAGGUAGGUAAAAAAUGACACACUUGUUGGUUUAAAUGCCAGUAAUUACUAUUGUUUGCCCUCUGUCCUCAUAUAGGGGUGGAGGGGGGGAAACAAAAAUCCCUGUAAGUACAAUACUGCUUCUACUAGUACAUUCAUGGUCUGUACCUGUUAAUUCAGAGGCUGGUGUUGAAAAAAGAAACCUACUCGUAUUAUAACAACUACAACCAGCUUAUAGGAUGCAGUUCACAGUGUUGAAAUACAGUCCUGUUUGCAUAUUCUCAUUUAUUUUUCCCAUCAUGUCAGUGACCCUUGGGGUUCUUGUUGACUUUAAUUGUUCCACACCUGAACCAUGUAGUCAGAGGAAAUGUUACAUAGUUUCUCAUUACCAAAAGAACUUCCAUGCUUUACAGAUCAAAAAGAUACCUUCACCUUGUUUUGUCUAAGAAAAACAGAGAAAAUGGCACACACCACCUAUGCAUAGAUAGGCGGAUUAUUGAAGGGUUUUUUUCUAGUGUUAUUACAUAUGAGUGUCACUUCUGACUUGCAAAAGGAACCCCGUAAAAUAAUGUGAUAGGAUGGAUCAAAUUGUGUGCCAAGAACUGCCCUGGCAUUAGUAAAUCUUGAUCUGUUGCUAAGAGUCCCUGACCAGGUCUUCAUUUUAACCCCCAAAUGCUAGUAUUCUUCAAAAGUUUGAUAGAUUUAAGGGGGUGGGAGGUGAGGGCGGAGGUUUUCUGACUGUCUGAUUGUGAGGCGGGCACAGGAUGAGCAUCCAUGCCUUCCCAGGGCAGUUGACUUCACUUUGGGGUCCGUUUGCUCCUUUGUUUGCUUGUUUGCUCAUUUGUUUAGAUGAGUUCAGUUUUGUCAGGCUCUCAGAUGAUUUUAAAAGGAACCCAGAAGCCUGGCUUCAUCCCAAGCCACCAUCACAGACGGGGGGGAUGUCCAUGUUCACCCAGACCCUCAGAACCUAAAGCAAUAAAUACUUUCUGUCAUUUAUGUGUCCGUGAAUGACGGGAUCUUCAAUCCAAAUAGAAACCAUCCUUCUUGUCGAGUGAUGCCAUGGAACACGGAGCCCUGAAUGGCCAACACGCAGGGGAAGAUUGGCAAAGGAGGUCUAGAGAAUGUGCGCUUGCUGUUUACACUCCAUGUGCUUUGCCACAUGAAGCAGUACCCCAUUUCCUUGUCUUUGUUCCUUCUGAGACCUAAUGAAAGGUAGUACGCCCGCCAUUAGCUUUGACAUACUGCACAUGCCACGAGGUUGUUCUCGAAGAACAACGAGACCCUCCCCAGUGUGUGUGUGUGUGUGUGUGUGUGUGUGUGUGUGUGUGUGUGACUCCUUUCUCACUCGUUCUGACUUUAAUGUGGAUGAAGAUUAUUCCCAGGAACUUGAUUGUCCUGGAGCGGAUUGCAGGUGUAAAUGCAGAUAGGUCUUGAGCAAUAUAGUGAAUCUGAGUUCACAAAAAAAAUUCGUAUGUACUGUACACACCUUCCUGAAUCCGAAAGGCUCUUCUUAUCCACGAUGGUUUGAAAUCUCAUGGAAAACAGUGGUCAAUUUGUAAACAGUAGGACAUUAGCUGGCUGCUUCUUUAAAUGUACUUGUAUUGUCUGCCUGCUCCUUUUAGGGAGAUGUGUUUUUGUAUUGGAUGUUUGGGCCAAUGGGAGGCUUCAAGCUACAGCAUAUUUUCCCAGUUUAAAUAUAUUUAACAUAUGACAAACCCCAGACAAGGCUUUUGAUAUGUAUAAAGAACUGCAGUGUUAGGUGGUUUAUUUGCAAACCGUUUUAAUGUUGUCCAUUUUUAUGGCACCUUUAACAAUAUUCUUGUUUCCAAAGUACAAAAAAAAAUAGGUUAAAUAAUCUAGCCAUAACUGAAUGUCAAGCAAUAAAACAAAUGACUUUUGUGCAUAGAUUUAAAAAAAAAUACAAAUUUUAGACAUCUGCAUGUAAAUGCAACCUCUUGUUUACUGCUUUCUUCAACUUGAGCAAUUGAUUCCUUAUUUACUCUUAACUUAAGGACUUGUAAUGGCCUGUAAACAUUUUCUCUUACUCUCCUUUCAGAUUUACCUUUGUCUCUGCUUUUGGGUCAUAAUAUUUAAUGUUGUUCUGCACAUCUCUAUACAGUUAACUUUUUGGCUUUCAUUCUGUAUAGAUAAGAAAAUGUUAUAUUAUAAACAGCCUACUCAGUGCAAAUAUUUAUCUGUUGAUCAAAUACCACAAUAUGCUGUAUAAUACCGGUUUUACUAUAUAAUCUAUUUUAGACAUAGCUGUUUAGAACUAGAGUGUGCUAUUUUUGUGUUUUUCUGAUGUGUGGUGCUAGAUAAGUUACUUUUGUGAACAACAACAACAAAAAACCCCUUUUAUUCCUAGAAAAUACCACCUUUGGGUCUUGUUAAUUUCACUGAGUAUAACUAUAUAUUUGUGUAUAUAUAUACAUAUAAAUAUAUAUAUAUAUAUAUACAUAUACCUGUGCCCAACUGGCAGCUGUAUCAGAGUGCUGGAUUUGGGUCGUGCUUUUCUCUUUAAAUACAUAAUAUUAUAUAAAUUAUUCUAGAGUAUAUUUAAUUGGGAUAAAAUUACUUCCUUAGUAUUGAUAUUUGACAUCUGUAGGGUGAAUUUGUUUAUAAAUAUGGAUCUAUGAAAACGUAUCAGCUACUUUAUGUUUGCUACUUGGCUUAAUACCAUAUCGCCUAAGCUGAAAAACAAUGUGCCAGGCCUUUAAGACCCUAAAGAAACCCUCUACUGAACGGAGUAACGUGCUUUUUUGCCUCUUAUGAAGGGAUUGUGUUAUUAUCUGCUGACGGAGUUGCGUGCCUCGCUCCUUUGAUGGAUAUUAAGAGUCUGUACAAAAGCAGCCUCGGUGGCCUGGAGGCAGAAUAUCCCUUUCCCUUCCCCCUGGAGCCCUGUGUGGUGUAGCGAGGGAUCCCUUGCCAGGAUCUGGGCUAUCCAGCAAAACCCAACCAGGAUGUCCUGCACUGUUGAAUAACCUAAGCCAGUUCCAUGAACUGAGUGGAGGACUUUAAUUUUAAAAGUAAUGUAAUGGUGACCUUAAUUAAACUCUUUCAUCUAGUUUCCCAAGACUUCUGAGUGCUCUUAAAAAAUCAAUGCAUCUCAAAUAUCUAACUAAGGAUGUAGUUAACCUUCUUAAAUAUUGCUUAGAAUUGUUCUCCAAUAUUACCGAAUUUGUAAGAUCUUUAGCAAAGAUUUUUUGAGCAAUUUAUAAAUCUAGAGCAAAUGUUUCUGUUUACUGCACUUUUUGUAAUUGAAGGUGAUAAAUUCUCAAGCCACGAUGGUUGGCUUCCAUGCGCUGCAUACUCACCCAUAAUUCUAGACAGUUCCCAUUUCGGUGCAAGAGUUGCUGUUACCUUACUGGUACAUGCAAUCAUGUGUGGUUAAUGAGAGCGAGUGCUAGCAGGUUAGCCUUUUUUGACGUGAAUUGGCUGAAGUGUAGGGAGAAAUUUCUGUGAAUACAAAUCACAUCAUUCCAGAUGGCUUUACUUAGAACACGGUUGAAAUCCUUGGAGGGGUGGGGAGAAAGAAAAAGACACACACAUACACACACACACACACACACACACACAGAAUCCUAAGCCUCCCAGGGAUAGAGAUUGCAAUCUCUCCGAGUCUGCACAAUGGCCAGCACAUAUCCAUACUUAACUAAGGUUAAUUGCCAGCAAGUAUAUCCCUGGGUGGUUUUGGUAAAUUUAUAUAGUAUGCCAAGCCUUAUGGCAAACAAUUUCUUCUAUAACCAAAAAUUAAAGCCACAAUGAAAAAACAAACAUGACAUGCUGGCUCUACUUGUCUGUAGGUCUUGAGGAUUAAGCACACAAAGUUCACACAACUUGGUGAGUAACGACACUCAGCCUUCUGUAAAUAGACAUGCAAGUGUGGAAGCAGUAAUACUGGACUGUAUAUGCUGUUUGUUUUGUGUACAGUAUGUCAAAACAAAACAAAAAAUCUCCUUUUCUGCCACACUAAAAUUGCAAGCCAUGUAUGGGAAUCCUAAAAAUAGUAUUGUACUAAAACUUUGCUAAUGAUCUUUAUUAGAGGCUCAUCCAACUUUUCACUUACAUUGGGUUUUCCUGUCAAUUCACUCUUGCAGUAGUCUGCUUACUUCCAGCUGUUUGUUAUUUUAUUGCGUCCUGAAUUUAAAAAAAUAUUUUGAUUCAUUUUGUAAAUACAAGCUGUAAAAAACAGAGAGAUUUAAUGUUGUCUUUUAAAUACUCCAAUUUUCAUUCUAAUAUGAAUGUUGUUAUAUUGUACUUAGAAACUGUACCUUUAAUAUUACAUUACCUUUAUUAAAAGUGCAUUGAACACAUCAAUUUUAGAUGUGCUUUAUGUACGAGUAUCCUAUAAUAAAACUUCAGCUUCUAAUGGAA